AUGGCGGGGCUGGCCUAUGCGAACAUGAGGACGCCCAAGGCGAAGGACAAGGCCUGGAAAGUUUGCUUUGAGAUCUUUGAGUGCGUGAACCAAGAUGGCCUUUGCCAGAAAACAUGCCGACUGGAGGCUGAUUCAGAUGUGGAGGCUGCCAAAAAGCCGUCAUCCAAAGUCGCGCCGGCUCCAAGCGAUGAGUACAAGCCUUACACAAUUACAUUGCGUCCUGUGAUGAAACGCGUUGUUUGCCAAGCCCUGCAAAGUCGCCUGCCCUUCAUGGUGGUAUCUUGUUGCGACGUCAGAGUUUCUGUUGCGAACUUGUUUUGUUCGCGGCUGCUGGUCCCUGGGCCUGGCGACACUGUGCCUGAGGCAGCAGAGCCGACGGCCGAGCCAGGCAAGGCCGAGGCAACGGGCAAGCUUUCGGGCACAGACCCCAAACCUUGGUGCAUGGUGCAGACCAGCACGAAGUAA